AUGGCACAACCGACCCUCAUCAAUCCCUCAACUGCGACAAAAGCCAUAGCGGUGCAAAAGCACAUGCUCUCAAGGCUGCUCUAUCCCAACCCCGUGUGUCUGCUGACCGUAAGCGCGCGAGUUCCACUGGAAGCGACCACGACCGAGACGACAGGGGAGGCUGGCGAUGGGCUGGGAACUUGGGCGAGGAAUGUCAUGACGAUAUCCUGGUUGACGGCGAUCGAUAACCAGGGUCAUUUUGUCAGUUCGAUGAACUUGAAUCGCCAUACUUGGUCUCUCCUGCAGCAUACGAACACUUUUGUGCUGAAUGUUCCGACGCUACGAUCCGAGGAGCUGGUGCUUUCCAUUGGAUCAUGCUCGGGGAAGGUCAAGGACAAAUUCGAAGAGUUUGCAAUACCCAUCUGCAAAAUUAACUACACGAAACUAGAAUGGGAGCCGACAGAGGAUGAAGAUCCGCCACUGAUCGCCAUUCAGGGCACCGUCGCGCAUCUUUUAUGCGAAAUCGAAGACAUAUCCGAACGGGAUGGACAUGCUAUACUAUUCUGUCGCAUCACUGAAGCAUACGCACAGGAGAGCGUAUGGGAUGGUCGAAACUUUGGAUCGAAGGACGAUCCCCUUCUGUCUUUCCUUGGAACCAAGCGAUUUGCCACAAUGAUACCGCCAUGA